CCUCUCUCUCUCUCUCUCUCUCUCUCUCUCUCUCUCUUUUCUACAAAGAAUCGAUUCAGUACGACAUCGUUUUGAUAUAAUCAAUUUCAGGGCGAUGGCUGUGACGGUGAGGCAGAUGGCUUUGAUAGUGGGUGUCUUUGGUGUGCUGUCUUUUGUUUUCGGGAUUAUUGCGGAAAACAAGAAGCCUGCAUCUGGAACUCCAUUGCCAGGGAAAGAUGUUGUUGUUUGCAAGUAUCCUUCUGAUCCUUCGGUUGCCUUGGGAUAUCUGUCAUUUGCAUUUCUCCUUGUGUCUACAGUGGUCGGGUUCUUGUCAUUGUUUUACCCAUAUCAAGGGAAGUCCCUUCCACAAGCUGCUUUGUUCCGGAGCAAGAGUUUCGUCGUGUUCUUCAACAUUUCUUUGCUUACAGCAGGACUAGCUGCAGCUCUGUUGCUAUGGACUACAAUAACGGAGCAACUGCAUCUAUCACGAAAUGUUCAUCACAAUAUUGAAACAACGUGCCCCACUGCUAAGACCGGUCUCCUUGGUGGCGGUGCUUUUGUAUCCCUUGAUUCAUCCCUUUUCUGGCUGGUUGCUCUCAUGUUGGCCGACAAUGCCCGAGAGGACUACUUUGAGGAUUUGGAUAAGGAUGUCAAGGGUGGUGGUUUUGCAGAGGUGCAUGGAGCUGAUUAUGGAAAUGUUAUAAAAGGCAGUGCUUGAAGUCUAUGGCCUUCACAAGAAGGGCUCAGGUGGAUGGUUCUAUGUUUGCGUUUAUGUUCUAUUUUAUGCUCAUAAGCUUGUAAAUCAAGCAACUUUACGGAGUAUAUUGGAAUGUAGAUAAUAUUGAUGAUAGAUAUGCACUUUAGUCUCCUUGUGCUAUGAACUCUGUCGUAUGGAGCAUGAAUAAGCUUUUUAACCUCUCAG